AUGGCACAUAAUGUCGUAUCGUGUCUUGACGAACACUUUGAGCAUCUUCGUGCGAAUCUCAUUCGAUGUGAAGAAUGUAAUGAAAACUUUUUCUUUGAUUUCUUACGUCAUCCACGUUACUUUGUAACCCAUUUUAAGUUGUGCCAUCUUAAGAAUGUAUUGUACCGAAUCAAUGGAUGUACCGAAGAAGAGAAUCAACGGGUACGUUUUGGUCCAAGACGUAAGAAAGAUGCAAUUACGUGGUUUAGUCAGUUGAAAUCAACGGAAAAACGCAUGAUUUCCAUGCAAGAUAACAAAUGGGGAGAAAUUGUAGAGUGCGAAUGUUGGUCAUGUCAUUUAUGCAAACAAGCACGUAAAGGAAGUGAAAUGCCUCAUGCAUUUGAACCAAAUGAAGUUGGACGUCAACAAGCACUUGGACAUCUUCAACAUAAACGUCGACGAGAACAAUUGACACCUGCACAACGUCAACUUGAUGCGGAACGACGUGCACGGAAACGUCAACGAAUGGAAGAACGUACCCAAAGUCAAGGACGUCGUACUCAAGCAUCUUCAGAAGUUCGUGAACGUGAAAUGAAACGUUCUCGAGCUCGUCGACAACAUGCUACCGAACAACAACGUCAACGAGAAGCACAACGUAGUCGAGUACGUCGUUUAAAUGCAACAGAAGAUCAAAGACGUAAAGAACGAGAACGAUGUCGUCGACGGUACCAAGUACAAAAGCAACGCAAGAUAGAAAUGUACCAAAAUGACACAUGUACCCAUCAUGCUGGUACAAUCGAUCAAACACGUGUCGUAUCUGUAGAUCUGACACGACGGAAUGAACAUUUGGUCCAACAACAAGCACGAUUGGGACUUGAGAUACAAUCUCUUUGUGCUUCACUAUCAACUAUCGACAAACAAGUGACUUCAAGUGAAAUAGAGAAUGAUGGUACAAAGAGUGAUUAA